UUUCUCUUUUUGUUUGUUUGAAUGUCGCAAUGUUUUAUUGAUCCGAACCAUAGAAUCGAUGAACAGUAGAAUUAUUCUAAUUCGUAAUAAUAAGUACGUUUCGAUUCUUGACUUGCUCCAUACACUACUCACUUUGCCUGCAUGCUUUGUCCUUUCCUCCAUUUUUUUGGCAUUGCAGAAUCGAAACUCAUCUUGUCCAGUACUUCUUCUUCUCUUCGUCCUUCUUCUUCUUCUUCUUUUGUUUUUUGUGUUAUUCCAUUCGUGAGGAAGGUUGGGUUUUGUGGAUUUGGUGUUUAAAUUCAGACAGAAAAAAUUGAGGAUUUGAUCCAUUAAAAAAGUCCUUCAAGGGAGAUGAGGAAGGUGCUGGUAGGGACCGCGGUGAUCUGCGCGGCGGCGGCGGCCGUGGCCGUGACGGCGAUCGUGGUACAGCACCGGAGGCGGAUCAACCGGAGAUGGGCUCGCGUCGCCGCGGUGUUGAAGGAGCUCGAGGAGCAAUGCGCCACGCCCACCGAAAAGCUCAAGGAGGUGGCCGAUGCGAUGACGAGGGAGAUGCACGCCGGGCUCGAGUCCGAGGACGGGAGCACGCUCAAGAUGCUCAUUAGCUUUGUGGAUAAACUCCCCACCGGGGAUGAGAGGGGGUUGUUCUACGCCUUGGACCUUGGAGGUACCAACUUCCGCGUACUGCGCGUACAAUUAGGGGGCAAGGAAGGGCGUGUUGUGAAGCAAGAGAGUAAGGAGGUAUCCAUCCCUCAAGAACUGAUGAUUGGUAGUUCAGAUGAACUUUUUGAUUUCAUUGCUUCAGCUUUAGCACAGUUUGUUGCUUCUGAAGGUGUGGAUUUUCACCUUCCUGAAGGAAAGCAGAGAGAACUUGGCUUUACCUUUUCAUUUCCAGUCAAGCAAACCUCAAUUGCUUCCGGCACUCUCAUUAAGUGGACAAAGCGCUUCAAUAUAAAGAGCACGGUUGGUGAGGAUGUGGUGAGUGAACUGACUAGGGCCAUGAAGAGACAGGGCCUAGAUAUGCAAGUUACAGCUUUGGUUAAUGAUACAGUUGGAGCACUUGCUGGUGGCAUCUAUGAUGAUAAUGAUGUUGUUGCGGCUAUCAUACUAGGCACUGGCACAAAUGCAGCGUAUGUGGAGCGUGCUGAUGCAAUUAAGAAAUGGCAAGGUCCACUUCCUAACUCGGGAAAAAUGGUCAUUAACAUGGAGUGGGGAAACUUUCGCUCCUCCCAUCUCCCAACAACAGAUUAUGAUCAAGCACUUGAUGCUGAAAGUUUGAACCCUGGCGAACAGAUCUACGAGAAGCUGAUUUCAGGAAUGUAUUUGGGUGAAAUAGUCCGAAGAGUUCUAUUGAGAUUGGCUGUAGAAGCUGCCUUAUUUGGGGAGGAAGUUCCUCCACAACUUAAAGUUCCUUUUGUUCUGCGGACGCCUGUCAUGUCAGCAAUGCAUCAUGAUACUUCAGCUGAUCUCAAAGUUGUUGGGGCCAAACUGCAGGAGUUCUUGGGGAUCUCCAGCUCCUCCUUGAAAGCAAGGAAAGUGGUUGUACAGGUCUGCGAUAUCGUGGCUAAGCGAGGAGCUCGUCUUGCCGCCGCAGGCAUGGUUGGUAUUCUGAAGAAGCUCGGACACAGCAAUGGCAAAACGAAGAAAAGGAUGGCGUUCGCAAUGGACGGCGGGCUAUACGAACACUAUACGCUCUUCAGAGAAAGCUUGCUCGCCGCACUGAAAGAAGUUCUCGGAGAAGAGGCCUCAGCUUCUGUGUCGGUCACCAUGGCCAAUGAUGGAUCGGGCAUUGGAGCUUCUCUUCUUGCAGCAUCUCAUUCUCGCUACCUUGAAAAUUAAACAUGAAUCUCCAAUACAAAUCAUAUUAAGAUUUGCCAUUUUGGCAAUUUGAUUGAUAGUUUUAUUA